UGUUUCGGGUCUCGUGAUCGUUUUUCAAGAUUUUCUAUAUAAUAAAAUCGUAUAAAAUCAACCCCUUUUGCCUCCUUAUUCUCGUGUAAUCUUUAUUAACGAAUAUAUUCAUCGCAAUUAAUAUAUUGUCGUAUUUAAUAAGUAAAUCGGUUAUCGGCGUCAACAAGUGUUUCGCGAGUGCUGCAAAAUUUUUUGGCUACAGGACACUCUGGCUACGAAGGAUCAGCAUCGACUUAUUGUUUCCAAUUUUCAAUCAUAUAUCAGGAAUAAUAAUUCUCAGUUAAUUAAAUAUCCCAUAUCCCUAAUUCGCGCUUUUCUCGGUUUUUUCAAGAAUAGAAAAUUUUUUCGUUUGGUCGGCCAUAUUGAUUUGAGAGGAUAUUCUGGCGAGGACAUCAUGACAAAGGAAGAAUUUAUUUCAGAUUCACGAAGAUAUAUUGGGAGUGAUAAAUUUCGGUGAAUUAAAUGACAACCGAUUUCCCCAAUUAUCUGUUUAAUGGCAAAAAUAGAAGAUUUUUCCAUUUGGUCGGCCAUAUUGCUUUUUGCAGUCAUUUCCGCGCGCUUUUUGUGUGCGCGGACACCCUCUGCCGGCAAUUGGUUGAAGACGCCUACUUUAUCGACACUAGGAUGGAUGAAAGCGCACCUUCUAUCGGCAAUCGGAUAAAUUAAAUAAUAAAAUCGCGUUCGUUAAUAAUAAUGGUGAAAAGUGAAUAUAGCUAGUGUAUAAAAAUCGUCAUAGGUGGACCCAGCUGUAAAAGACACAGUGAUGGGUGGUGUGUAAAAUAAAAAUUUAAAAUAAAUAGUGAAGUGAAUUUAGCUAGUGUAAAAAAUCGCCAUAGGUGGACUCAACUGUGAUAACUCCAGUGAUGAGUGGCGUGUAAAAUUAAAAUUUUAAAAAAAUAGUGAAGUGUGAAAUUAGCUCGUGUAUAAAAAUCGUCAUAGGUGGAGCCAACUGUGAUUACUUCAGUGAUGGGUAGUGUAUAUUGUGGCCUGGAGUCACAAUUUAAAGAAGAUAAAGAAGAUGAUGAAGAAGAGGAAAAGUAUUGGCUAUUUGUGAAUUACAAGAGUGAUCUGAUUCUUCCAUAUGCCAAUAAAAGAGAAGAAGCAAAGGAAGAAGUAAAAUACAAGGACCAUUUAAACAGAAGAAAACAGAAGAAAGAUGGUGUAGAAAACUACAAAGCAGAUUGCAGUAAGCAGCUCCAGGAUGGAGAACAGGCGCCGGACCAUGCAGAUAUUUUACUGAAGGACAGGAAGGACAGGAUGAUAUGGAUCAUUGAACCCUAUUAUGACCCCAAACAAAGGAAUCCGCGAUUGGUGAGUGAUUUUUAAUUUAAAUCAGCAUAGUGACAACAUUGAUGUAAAUUAAUAU